AUGAUCAGCAGCGGUGUCCAGGGGAGUCGAAAGUUGUUCUGGAAAAAUGUGCGACUGGAAUGUGAACGUUUCUGUGAAGAGCAUUUGAAGUUAAAUCAAUGGGAGCUGCUUGCUGCUAUGCAAGCCCUUUUAAUUUAUAUUCUCAGAAGGUUGGAUGAAGGCGAGACAGAUCACAAUAACUUUGAUUCUCUACUUCUGACAACAGUGACCGUCAUAGCAAAACAACUAACCCGCAGCGACAUUACAUGCAACACGCAGCCUGCGCUAUGCAAUUACGAUCUCGAAAAAGGCUGGAAAGAUUGGAUUUUCGAGGAAUCAAAACGAAGACUCUGCGUGGUCUAUCAGGCAGUGAAUAUGCUAGUCUAUUUCGAGCCAGCGGCGCUGUGCAAUCUGCAAACGGACCUCAUUCUGGCACCACUACCGGCGACGAAACAACUAUGGGAAGCAGUUGAUGAGUUUGCAUGGAAGACGGAAAGUGAGAGGGGACCUGGGGCUCAGACUUCCUUUGGAUUGGCUGCAAACGGUGACCUUGUCAAACUAGAUGAGGGCCAGCUAUAUUGUAGUGAUGCGGCGCUGCUCCAUAACUCCCUGAAUUCUGGGGCUCUAAGGAGCACUGCAAAUUGGGGGGAAUGGUGCUCGGGAAUGGAUGGGUUUGGCGGGCUUGUCAUGCUUGCGGCUUCUUUGAUAGGGUAG